GCAUUGAACAUAAACAACACAAGAGGAGGCUCCAUAUUCGCGGAGCGGAAGAUUCCUCUGUUUUAGAUAUUUUAGACAAAAUCUGUGAUGUAUUUAAGUUUAUAGUAAAUGACAAAUCAAGGCUAAGCUAAGUUAAGUGCAUUUUGUGACAAAGGAAAGUCGAACCAGUAUUAAUUGGAACGUUUCGAGCGGCGCCCACAAAACUAGUUGGAAGCAGAACCGUAAGCGAAAAACAGGCGAAGGCUGCGCUGAAGAUGUCCAACAAAGCAGAGGCGGAUGUGGUGCCGCUGAUCUCCCGGAACAUAUGCCGCGUCUGCUCCGCCCAAGCGGAGUACGAAGUGUUUGCUCCGAUUCCGGCCUACCUGCACGCCAGCCCCAACGACUACUUGUACUGGAAGAAGGACGUCAGUACGCUGCUCGAAGAGACAACGGGAUUAAGUAUUCGCCCUGACGAUGGAUUACCUCGGAAAAUGUGCGCACUCUGUAUAUCAUAUCUAAAGCAUGCGGCCACAUUUCGACAGCAAGUAAUCGACAAUACAUUGAGCCUUCGAGCAGCCCAGGCUGUUCUGGAGAGUCGCACACGCGAUCGACAAGGAAACGGUCUAAUUCAAAUCGAAUAUGAACCUGAAACCAAAGGUCAAGCUAAUCUGAAUGGUAUUGAUAUCGAAAAGCUUCGAGUGGAGUAUACAGAGGAGGACCUAAUAUUCAAUGAAAAACGCAAGACUGAAACCAACAACUUAGUUAACAACGUGUUCAGCAGCACACCGAAAUCGUUACUGACUAGCACGAAAAUUAUUCCUAAUAAUCAAAAUUGUGGUAGAUCGGAUAACGUAGCAAACACAUCUAAUUUGACAGCAUAUCUCAACCUGCUCUUCGACCGCAAGGCCGAGCGGCCCAGAAGAAACACUGUGAAAAAUAAGCGCAACGACGUUGAAGACACCAUGUUCGACCAAACAGAUUCCUUGGGCGGGGAUGAAUUCCAAACGGCAUCCAGCGAUGAUACUGAGGGUGCAGAAAAUAGAGAUUAUUUUAGUUAUAAGGAGAAAAGCUUCGUCGAAGACGAUAUCAUGUCUUUAGAUUUUAUUAAAGACGCCAAUAUUGUUAUUAACAUUCCGGAACACAUGAAGGAGCGAAAAUGUCCAGCGUGCUUCCGUCGUUUCAUGUUUGAGGACUCAUAUAAGGACCAUAUGAAUAGUUGUUUAGAAUAUAAGUUUUUAAGUCUUAUCGAAAAUCUCAAUCGGUUGGCAGGAUUUCGUCGCAAUAAAGCUAUCUCGCCCCACGAAUUUAUACGAAGAACGAUUUUUAGUUUGCGUGCCACUUGUCAAUACUUAACUAAUUCGUGUGGUGAGGAAAUUUCAAUGCCAGAUCUUUUGACGAAUGGAGAGCCGAAGAAUGUCGGAGGUCAAUCGGAAUCAACGGGGAAGGAUCAGACCGGGUCAGAGACCGAUGAUAAGCAGCAGAAAAAUGGUGAAGGAAAGCAUAAGAGGUGUCAUUCGCUAGAGUCUGAUCCCCUAAUGAAUCUUCUGCGAGAGAAGGCUGAUUCCUCGACCAUCCGAUAUGUAAGUGAUAGUUCGGGGAGAUUAAGUCGGAAUACCGGAAGCACAUCUUUAUGUCAGUCUCCGCAUGCUCAUCAGACAUCGAAAACCAGCAUAAGCACAAGCUCAGAUCAUUCUUCAGGCACAACGAAUACCGAACAAAAUAUAACAAUCCGAAGCAAUCCUAACGGGCGAAAAUCACUGCUUGAUAGUUUCAAUCAAGUUGCAGAUGAGCGCACAAGCACGCCAAAUCUCCCUCCUCCAUUGUCUCCUCUAAACAUGCCAUUCGGAUCUGUGAAAAUGAACUUUACAGCUCGCUGUAACGCCUGUGAUACGAUUUUCGAGUCGAUAGCAUCACUAGAGGAGCAUAAUCUGAAAUAUCACAAUAACUUCCAGAAGCUGGAAGACCACAAACGCAUCAUUGCCAUGUUCGAGUCGGACGAUGACGCAAUCGGAGGAGGGACCGUUGAUAUCUUAAGUGCUGCAAAGAUUGACUUCAAUACGAAGAAGACCAUAAAAUGCAACACAUGUGAUAGAUCUUUCUCGACCAUAACGCACUUGGAUCAGCACAAAAUCAAAUGUUCGCCUAAAAAGAAAAGACCUUCGCCUCCGUACCAACGUUUCACAUAAGAAAGGACGAAAGCCUUCAAUAUACUUUGUUCGCGGAAAGUGGAGAGCGUGGGUCUAUUCUGCUCUUUAUCUUCAGUAAAAAGUUAAUUGUAUCUUCCCUUCAACAAACACAAUAUGAUCUGAUGACAUCACAAGUUAACUCAAAACAAUUUACUGUAAAAUAAUGGAGCGACAAAUUCCUUCUGGUAUUUUGCAUUGAACCAGAAGCGCUCGAUUCUAAGUAUUAGAUUCUUCCAACAUUACAAAACUAUUUUUGUAAUUACGACUAAUCGUUUCAUAUCGACUUGCCCGACAGAUAUCAAAUUCAAAGCGUAACAUAUUCAUGUUAUAUCGAAUGUCCAAGCCUGUUUUGUUGGGAUGUAGUAUGUGGUGUACCCUCAAAAUAGUUUUUACUGAUUAAGUUAUUUAUUUGUAGGAAACUGAACUUUUUUAAUGGAAAUAUUGACGACAUUGCCACUGUGUUAAAAAUUGACAAUUUUAUUAUUAUAUUUGCUGAAUAUGUCACAGUUAAUUUAUUGGUUUAUGGAUGUAUUUACUGUCUUGCUCCUGACGAAGCAGAAAAUGCAAAUUUGUGAAUUUAUAAUUAAAUGCAUUAAUAAUUGGUGUCCAAUGGAGGUCUUAAUUUGUUGUAAAAAGACGUUUGUAUGUGUCCUUAUGUGUAACAAUAAAAUCUUCUAUUUAAA